GGAGACUCGAGAUAGUGCGCUGCUGUUGACUCAUCGCUUUCGGAUGUAUUUCUAUGCAAAUAUCUUGGCGGAGCUGUUGGACAAUGUGCAGAUGUACUGUAAGAUAGCAUAUAUGAGCGUUCAGACAUCUCUGCCAACUUAGAUCUCUUGAUUCAGUAAGUUUAUAUAUCCCGCUUCUUAACUUUGUCGUUCCACUAGCCACUUGCCCUCAACUCGUAGGGCGAUUUGGCUUGUAUCAGAUCUAAAAUUUGAUCCGCACUUAAUCUGAAUUGGACCUGUCAUUGAUAAAGCGCGCCUGCACGAACUUGGACCACACAAAAAAGCGCUCGCUUUUUAGAAGGAAUAUUUAACUUCUUUCACGCACUCCAUCUCAGUUAGGCUAUGUGGCGUCAAAAAGCGAUCAUAAUGGAAUUUUCAAUCACUCGUCUGAUGUGCAUCGUGGUGGUCAUGUCUCUUUUCGAUGAAAGGGUAGACUCCAAUGAGAUCUUAGGUUUGAAGAUCCCCAAUAUUGACCCCAUAUUGAACGCCAACACCGUGUGUCUGACCCUCCCUGGUCUCAACCGGCGACAGUUGGAGGUGUGCAUGCGGAAUCCAGACGUGACGGCCUCGGCCAUCCAGGGCAUCCAAAUUGCCAUCCACGAGUGUCAGCACCAGUUCAGAGGGCACCGCUGGAACUGCUCCAGUCUGGAGACCCGGAACAAGAUCCCAUACGACAGUGUGGUCUUUAAAAGAGGUUUCCGAGAGAGUGCGUUUGCAUACGCCAUCGCGGCCGCGGGGGUGGUCCACGCCGUGGCGAACGCCUGCUCCAUGGGCAAGCUGAAGGCCUGCGGCUGUGACGAGAAGAGGCGCGGGGACGAGGAGGGGUUCCGGAUCAAGCUGAGUCGUCUGGAGCAGGAGGCCUUCCACAGGGGUAAAGGCAUGGUUCACGGCGUCAUGGAGCACUUCCCCGCGGACCUCCCCGGACCCCAGGACUCCUGGGAGUGGGGUGGCUGUAGCCCGGAUGUGGACUUUGGAGAGAGAUUCUCCCGCGAUUUCCUGGAUGCCCGUGAGACAUAUAAGGACAUCCAUGCCAGGAUGAGGCUGCACAACAACAGAGUUGGCAGGCAGGUGGUGAUGGAUCACAUGAGGAGGAAAUGCAAGUGCCAUGGUACGUCGGGCAGCUGCCAGCUGAAGACCUGUUGGCAGGUAACCCCAGAGUUCCGGGCGGUGGGUUCGCUGCUCAAGGAACGCUUCCAAAUCGCCGCGCUCAUCAAAGCCCACAACCGGAACACUGGUCAGCUGGACCACCAGAACCACCACAACAGCCACCAGAACCACCAGAAUCACCACAACCACCACAACCAUCACCACCACCCACACCGGCGCCGUGCCAACAUCAACGAGCUGGUCUACUUCGAGAAGUCACCCGACUUCUGCGAGCGGGAUUUGGGCUCAGACGCGGCAGGGACACAGGGCCGGAUCUGUAACAAGACCAGCCCUGGGAUGGACAACUGUGAGAGUCUGUGCUGUGGCAGGGGCCACAACAUCUUACAGCAGACACGUAGCGAGCGCUGCAACUGCAAGUUCCACUGGUGCUGCUAUGUGGUGUGUGAGGAGUGCAGGAUAACAGAGUGGGUCAGUGUCUGCAAAUGAAGAAAACAGCGGAGACCACGAAAGACAAAGACUUUGUUUUUAUUUUUUAACAAACAGGGAGAGACUGCAAUACACCCUUUCCCUUUUUGCGACGGACUGCCGUUUCCACUGGUGGUUGAAUGGAAAGCACCAGAGGAGACCGGAGUAGAUCCAGGGCCAGAACCAGAGGCGUGCACGAAGAGAGCGUGCACAGCAGCAUGAGUCCUACCACAUCAGCUCAGAGAGUCUGGAUCUGCACUGUCUUCACUCCCUGAGAGUGGAUUCACAGGAUUAGGUAGAUAGAAACCAUAGGAACAUCAGUGACAUGAACAUGGACAGGAUUGAUAACUGAGCUCUCUAUCAUUUAAACUGGGAUUCCUAAACUGAUAAAAUACCUGAUUCAAUCUAUUCUGCGUUGAUUGUAAAUGUAUGGAAUUCUGGUCAUUUAAGAAGAAAAAGAGUGAAAAUAAAUAAUUUGGUCUUCCAGUGCUUGGUUCAGAAAGAAAAUGUAACUGCAUUUCAUUUUACUCACCCGUUACAAAUUGUAUCGGUACCAGAAAGUUUGGUCAUGUCACGUCCUUCCAUCCCGCGUGCCAUACUACCUUUCUUACAGUGUAAAAAUGUGGACUGCAGUAUUUUAAUCGAAUGAAUCCUCCUCAGUGGCACCUUGAAGAAGACAGCUGCAUCAGAGAUGAAGUGUCGACUCCCUACCUUUUAACACUAAUGGAACUAAGUGAUAGCGGGCUAAGCCAAUCAAAAGACUGAAGACAGUGGAAUAAGUAUAGACUAACCCAAUCAAAACACAACAUGGACAAAUAAUCAAUGCUGCUCCUGUUAACCCCCCUCCUCUUGUCAUCCCCUCAAUGGCAGAGACCAUGUCAGUGUACUGCACUGCUGUUGCACAGCUCAUUUCAACAAAGCACCACUAUUAUAUCAUCCAUCUAUUCAAUUUAAAUGUCAUGAAUCAAUCAUUAUACUGGACUACCAUUAGUGGUUGGACGGAUUCAUUGUUUUGUUGUAUUUAAUUCCCAACCCCAAAGAAUCUGUUCAAACGUGUGGAUGUCAUCUUAUUUCCCAGUUGGUUUGUCUGUUAUUUGUGUGUGUCUUGUAUUGUGUUCUUCACGUGUAACAUCCUCGUAACUGUCAAACUGCAUUCCAUCCUACUGCACUGCAUCUGACCAAUCAGGUGCUUACCGUUUUCUGUGACUGUUCAGAACAACUUAUCAUCUAUGGCAGGUGUGCUGGCACAUGUGAUGUUGCUGCAGACAAGAUGUUGGCACAUGCAUUUUGUUCCAGAUAACUUAUAAUUUGGGGAUACCAUUUCAUAGCGAUAUGCAUCUUGUCAUAAAUGUAUUAUUUUUUGUUGAAUGGUAAUUUUCUAAGUUAUUUUUCAUUGAUAACUUAAUAUCUGUAAAACAAUAAAGAGUGUAAUUAUAAAAGGGACUUUGAAUUAAUGAAAAAAGAAGACGGAAUAUACGAAAUUGGUAAAAGGCAUUUAAUAAACAGUUGA